UGAACAAAAUGGCACGGUUGCUGGUAGUCGUUCUCGCUCUCCUGGCGUUGUGUCAGCUAGUUACAACAAAGUCAACUCUUCUUGAUUUUCUACUCAAGAAAUACAGAUUUGAAGAGAUGAAAAAGGAACUAGCUCCGUCACGAUUCUGUGCGUAUUCUUGUUCUCUUGAUGGCAAUGGUGUCUGUGAUGACGGCGGCGAAGGCUCUGUGUCGAGUAUGUGUCCUUUUGGAAUGGAUUGCACAGACUGUGGAAUUCGAUAUGCUUAUUGUGACAAUACUUGCCAGGGCGCCGGUUACGAUUGGGAAUACCUCGUGAAUGACCAUGUGUGUGACGACGGUGUAGCCGGGGACUCACAGACGGAUUUCUGUGACUUUGGUACCGAUUGCACUGAUUGUGGCCCAAGAGUUAAAAAGUAGAGAGAAGAGUGUUCCAUACUUUGAUCCGAUGACACAGAUGAUACCAACAUUUCAUAACAACUUUAAUCUGGAUACAUCAAAUUUAUUAUAAUCAAUAUAAGGGUUAAUUCAAAUGAGAGCAUAAAACUUGCAUGAUAAUCAACGUAUAACUAAAAAAAAAAAAUGUUGGAUUCGUGUACAUCGAAUGCGAGAUGUAGAUUUCACACCCAAUGAUAAUGUGUUCAUUAUAUUGUAAAUUAAAUUUAAAAAUAAUAAUUUUGUGUAAUAAAUGUUCAUAACAGUUAA